AGCAGCAGCGCCAAGUUCAUUCAUGCUGUCCGCGGCGCGCGGGGGCGGGGGAAGAAGAGCCCAUUGAAGAAAUCCACUCCUCCCGGGGCUGAGUCAGCUCAGACUUUUCAGCCCUGCUGGCUUAACCCCUCCCUGCCCGCGGGAGGGGGGGCAAGCGGCUUUUCUCCCUGGCCUUCCAGCGAGGAGGAAUGGGGGAGUGGUCUGAGCCUCCCGCUGGCUGGGAAGAAGGAGGAAGAGGAGGAAAAAAAAGGAAAGAGGGGGGAAAACCCAAGUUUGCAACUCUCCGGGAGCCAUGGCCAAAUCUUACGAUCACCUCUUCAAGCUGCUCCUGAUCGGAGACAGUGGAGUGGGGAAGACGUGCCUGAUCAUCCGCUUUGCAGAAGACAACUUCAGCGGGACCUAUAUCAGCACCAUCGGGAUCGACUUCAAAAUCCGGACAGUGGACAUAGAAGGGAAGAGGAUCAAGCUGCAGGUUUGGGACACGGCCGGCCAGGAACGGUUCAAGACCAUCACCACAGCGUAUUACCGGGGAGCCAUGGGGAUUAUCCUUGUGUACGACAUCACGGAUGAGAAAUCCUUUGAGAACAUCCAAAAUUGGAUGAAGAGCAUUAAGGAAAACGCUUCGGCCGGCGUAGAGCGCCUCCUGCUGGGGAACAAGUGCGACAUGGAAGGCAAACGCAAAGUGCCCCGGGACCGAGCAGAGAAGCUAUCCAAGGAGCACGGGAUCAGGUUUUUUGAGACGAGUGCGAAAUCCAGCUUGAACGUAGAGGAGGCUUUCAGCACGUUGGCCCGGGACAUACUUCUGAAAUCAAGCAAAAAAUCGGCUCAGCAUGUCAAGGGCCCUUUGGAGCUGAAAGCAUCACAGAAAAGCAGCAGUAAAUGUUUGGUGGUGUAGCGGCGACUGUCCCGUUGCUCCUCUGCCUUGUCGCAGGACGUACCCCUUUCGCCAUUUACGCUCCAAAUGCCUCCGCUUUCUUCCACGAAGCUCAGAAACCCUUCCGGGCAGGACCCCGGGAGUGGGGGCUGACGGCAGGUGGGGCUCGCAGGCCGAGACCUCCUUCUCUUCCCCCUUUUGCAUCCCCACAUUCCUUAGCCGUAGGGAAUAUAGACCAUUUGGAAGGGAUCUUGCCCGAGGGAUGUGGGUCUAGGGUUGCUAGAACUCCUCCGGGGGUGACCCCAAUUCUCCAGGGUUGCCUGGGCCCCUUCCAGGCAGCAGAGAAGGCCUUAGAUGGGCAAUAGUGCCUUAAAAAAAAUAA